AUGGAUAUCUCUUUAGACAAGUGCUGUGUUGGUGUAAUUUUAAAUUCCGAUUGUUUUAAACAGGUGUACACUACUAGUUUGGAUUUAAUUGUUUUACUCGAUUUGCCUACUGACGCACAGCGUGUUAUUAAGUUUAGAGUUAGCAGUGACAGUGUAAAAACAAUCUGCGCUCAUCAUUUUUCAAUGUACUAUGAAUACUACGAAACGCUCCAUUUUGCGAAAAAUUGUUGUGACCCAUUUAACAUUCACAAGCGCGUUAUUCGUGGCUUUAAGAAAAUAGAUCUUGAAUUAAGUGACCGAGUGUUUUCAGCCGACAAUAAUUUAAGGUUAAUUCCUGGCAAAACAUUAUGUCCACGUUGCUUAACAAAAAUAACUGUGCUUUCUCGUGAGCCACAAACACCGCGGCACAACGAUGUUGAAGCGAUUGAGAACGACAACGAAAUUGUGAGUCCGUUCGUUCUUGAAAAAAUAAUAACACCUCGCCGCGUGAUUGACGCUCUUUGUAGUGCUGCGGUCAUCACACCUAUCGUUGAUCUCGAUAAAAGUAAUGCUGAAAGACGUUCUCGAAUUUGUGCUAGUGCGCUAGAAAAUUUAAAACGUAACAUUCUCAGCAGUGAAAAUGACUCGUCAAUAGAACUGAAAUCAAGUGACUAUUCUGAGUUGAUGAAAGCUGUCAAACAAAAAAUCAAAUCAACUGAGAAACGAGGUCAAAAAUUAUCACUCUUAACUCUUGCUCCCGCAAGUUGGACACAUCGACAAACUAGUGAUUAUUUUGAUGUGAGUGAAUAUGCCGCUGCUCAGGCAAGUGAAUUAAAGACUCAAUCUGGAAUUUUAGCGUGCCCAGCUGCUAAAACAGCGUCUUGUCGGAUGCCAAAUGAUGACAAACAGCGCAUCAUCGAUUUUUACACAUCAGAUGAAUACAGUCGACAGCUCCCUGGCAUGAAAAAUGUGAAAAGUGUGAAACAACCAAAUGGCAAAAAACUUAAAAUACAAAAACGUUUGCUUCUAGUCAACGUAGAUGAACUACAUUCUGAUUACAAAAAGAAGUAUAAAAACAUCGACGGAAUAAAAACAUUCGGCCUUUCCGCAUUUGCUGACCUCAGACCGAAACAUGUCAUUACUGUUGGGUCCAGUGGUUCGCAUUCAGUGUGUGUUUGUAUAUACCAUCAGAAUGUAAAACUCAUGUUAUCCGCUAUUGGACUUGGAGAAGAGCGCCAUUUAUUAAUGGAAAAAGUUGUUUGCUCGGUCUACAACAAAACGUGUAUGGUGACUCGCUGCCCAAGUUGCCCUAAAUCGGAAGCGCUGGAAUCAUUCUUAAAAGAUUUAAUCGGGGAUGAAAAUGAAACCAUAUCGUACAAACAAUGA